CAAAAUUUCCCAGAAGGGAAAACUGAUGGUUAUGAGUUUUCUGGAUUUUUGUCAAGCGCCCUGUGAAUCUCAUCUCCCUGUCUAUCUGACGGAACUACACUCCAAAGUGCCCGAAGAAAGAAAAUGAGCUCUUCGCAACCAGCACCGCGGUGGGCCGCCUUCGCGCGCGACACCAACGAGACCAAGAUCCAGAUCGCCCUCAACCUCGAUGGCGGCGCCUUCCCGCCAGACACGGACCCCCGGCUCCAAGUAGGAGACGCUGGCGGCCAUGCCGCCCAGUCGAGCAAGUCGCAAACCAUCACCAUCAACACGGGAAUCGGCUUCCUCGACCACAUGCUGCACGCCCUGGCCAAGCAUGCCGGCUGGAGUCUGGCCCUCGCCUGCAAGGGCGACCUACACAUCGACGACCACCACACAGCCGAGGACGUCUGCAUCUCGCUGGGCUACGCCUUCGCGCGCGCGCUCGGCACGCCCACGGGCCUGGCCCGGUUCGGGUCCGCGUACGCGCCGCUCGACGAGGCCCUCAGCCGCGCCGUCGUCGACCUGUCCAACCGCCCCUACUGCGUGGCCAACCUGGGGCUCAAGCGCGAGAAGAUCGGCGACCUCAGCACCGAGAUGAUUCCGCACUGCCUCCACAGCUUCGCGGGCGCCGCGCGCAUCACCCUGCACGUCGACUGCCUACGCGGAGAUAACGACCACCACAGGGCCGAGAGCGCGUUUAAGGCGCUGGCCGUCGCAAUCAGGCAGGCGACCAGCCGGGUUGCGGGCAGGGAAGGGGAGGUGCCGAGCACCAAGGGAACUCUCAGUGUUUAAGGCGGGUGGGGUUUAUAAAACAUACAUACAGGAUCUCAUAUAUUUUGAAAUAUGGAGGGGACUGGCGUUCAGGGGGGGUUACGUGACCUCAGAUCCAUCAUGGGCGGGCUGAGCAUGAAUGAGGCGUUCAUAAGACGAUUUGAAAAAAAAAAAAAAAAAAAAAAAAAAGGUGUAUGCAUAUACGUAUGGACUGUAUGUGCAUACCUAGAGAUGUCACGUAGAGAGCAUUUGCGAGAAGUUGCAGGCACAAUGAAGGUGAAUUGCUGUCAGAGCUCUAGAGGAUAUCGCAGCGGCUCCUGAGUGCUCUCUUAAUAGAGCAUUGCCAACUCUCAAACCAACUUGGGCCCCACCACGGAUGGCAUGACCUCACUCCAAAACUGCCGGGGACAUCC